UAUUUGACUAUAUUUGUAGUUAAAUGGUGAGACAACUCUAGGAGAGAACAUAGCUGAUAAUGGAGGUAUGAAGAUGGCAUAUCUAGCCUACAGGUCAUGGUUAGAGAAGUCAGGUGGAAUUGACUCUCUAAAUUUACCUGGCAUGCAGUACAACUCUGACCAGCUGUUCUUCAUAGGAAUGGCUCAGAUAUGGUGUUCACACUACACACCAGAAUACAUGCAGAAAUCCAUCCUUGUAGAUGAACAUUCUAUAGCUAAAUUCAGGGUUUUAGGAGCCAUGUCGAAUUCCAAAUAUUUUGCUGAUGCAUUUGACUGCCCUAAGAACUCUCCAAUGAAUCCUGAGAAGAAGUGUACAGUAUGGUAACCAUGGCAAUUCACGCAAUCUGUGAUAUUCUACAAAUUUGUUAGUGUUACACCAAGUGUCCUUUCUUUGUUUGUAUAAAUUAUAGUCAUCAUUACUCUGUUAUAAGUUGUUCUUGUUUUAGUAAUGAAUGUUUCGUGCUGAUUUGUUAAUUUUAUUGUACACCUGCAUAUACUCAUCAGCAUAUAGUACUUGUAUUUUAUAAACAAUGAUGACCCUAUAGAAAUGAAAAUCCACAUCAUGGGUUCAAAACCCAACAAGGAUUUUUUUUUCACAUGUGGAAGCUUAUUAGAUAAUUUAUUG